UCGUCCUCUUCUCCUUCUUCUCCUCCUCGAGACUUCUCUCUCUCUCUCUCUCUCUCUCUAUCGAGCUUCUGGAAAUGGUGAAAUUCUCGAAGGAGCUUGAGGCGCAGCUCAUCCCGGAAUGGAAGGAUGCCUUCGUCAACUACUGGCAGCUGAAGAAGCACGUCAAGAAGAUCAAGCUCUCGAGGAAGCCGAAGCAACCUCAGGAAGUCGACCGCGACUUUGGCCUGUCCAUUUUCGACCCCAUUCGUUCCGUGGCCAAGAAAGUCGCCGGCAAGUUCCAGAAGUCGGCUAACAGCACAGAUAUUAUCCAGAAGAAGAACGCGAGGGACGUGGAGGACGGACAGGGGGGAGAGGAGGAGGAGGAGGAGCACGAAGUCUACGAGAACGAGCUUGUUCAGCUGUUUUCUGAAGAAGAUGAGGUGAACUUAUUUUUCGAGAAACUGGAUGAGGAGCUCGACAAGGUGAACCAGUUCUACAAGUCAACAGAGGAUGAAUUUCUGGAGAGAGGAGAUGCGCUCGAGAAGCAGCUUCAAAUGCUGCUGGACCUCAAGCAGAUCCUCGCCGACCGGCACCGGAAGAAUUCCUCGUCGUUCAGAGGGACGGGCGGCGGCGGGGCCUCUCCCCUCUCUUCGUGGCCGUCCUCCGCUCGCACAUCCAAUUUUUCAGAGGCUCCAACCGAGUUGCUGGAAACCACGACAGAUGCCUCGGAGACGGAUGAUGUGAUCGCGGCCCUCGAGAGGAACGGGGUGACUUUCGUCGGGGCCGCGGCGAGGUCGAAGCUGAAGAGCAAUGGGAAGCCGAAGACGACGAUGAGGAUAGACAUCCCGGCCACGACGCCGACCCGGAUGAUCACCGCUGUGACCGCGACGCUGUUGGAGGAUCUGGUGAACAACCCAAGGAAAGACGGGCCGGCUUAUUUCGUCUACAAGAAGAGGAUUCAAUACGCUGAGAAGAUGAUUAGGGGAGCUUUUGUGGAGCUUUACAAAGGCCUUGGUCUCCUGAAAACUUACAGCUCCUUGAAUAUGAUGGCUUUCACGAAGAUUCUCAAGAAAUUCGACAAGGUGGCAAAGAGACAGGCAUCGACAAGUUAUCUAAAGGGAGUGAAAAAAUCCCAUUUCAUAAGUUCAGACAAGGUGGUGAGGCUAAUGGACGAAGUGGAGUCCAUCUUCACAAAGCACUUUGCCAACAACGACAGUAAAAAGGCCAUGAAGUUCUUGAAGCCCCAGCAUAACAAAGAAUCUCACACGAUUACCUUCUUUGUUGGUUUGUUCACCGGUUCAUUCGUGACAUUAUUUACUAUAUACGCGAUUUUGGCGCACAUAGCUGGUAUUUUCAAUUCCAACUUGGAUAUGGGCUACAUGGAAACCGUCUACCCUGUCUUCAGUAUCUUCACCUUGUUGAGCUUGCAUCUGUUCAUGUACGGGUGCAAUUUGUACAUGUGGAAGGGCACGAGGAUCAACCACAACUUCAUAUUCGAGUUCUCGUCCAGCACCGCCCUCAAGUACCGCGAUGCCUUCCUUCUCUGCACCACCUUCAUGACCGCCGUGGUCGGCGCCAUGAUCGUCCACCUCCUCCUGCGGGCCAACAACUUCAGCCGGAGCAAAGUCGAUGCGAUCCCGGGGGCCCUGCUUCUGAUUUCCUUCGCCGUGCUGGUUUGCCCGAUUGACAUGUUCUACCGCUCGACUCGGUUUUGCUUCAUUCGCAUUAUGCGCAACAUUUUUUUCUCUCCAUUAUAUCAGGUUCUGUUGGUUGAUUCCUUUAUGGCUGAUCAACUCACUAGCCAGAUACCAUUGUUGAGGCACAUGGAGACCACGGCUUGCUACUUAUUGGCCAGAAGUUUCCAGACGCACCAGUAUGAUACAUGCGAUUCGGGAAGGGCUUACAGAGAACUUUCAUAUGUCAUUUCGUUCUUGCCUUACUACUGGCGCGCCAUGCAGUGCGCUAGGAGGUGGUUCAACGACAGUGACAAGACCAAUCUGGCUAACAUGGGGAAGUACGUGUCAGCGAUGGUGGCAGCCGGGGCAAGGAUCGCCUACGCGAGGCAACCCCACAACCAUCUGUGGUUAUGCACGGUCCUGGUGACCUCCGUGGUGGCAACCAUGUAUCAGCUGUACUGGGAUUUUGUUAGGGAUUGGGGACUCCUCGAACCCAAAUCGAAAAACCCGUGGUUGAGAGACCAGUUGGUUCUCAAGCGUAAGAGCAUCUAUUACAUGUCCAUAGCCUUGAAUGUAGUUUUGAGGGUCGCAUGGUUGGAGACAGUGAUAAGGUUUCGCGCCGGAAAGGCGGAGAAGAAGAUGCUGGAUUUCUUCAUGGCUUCUUUGGAAGUCAUUCGACGCGGUCAUUGGAAUUUUUACAGACUGGAGAACGAACAACUCACCAACGCGGGGAAGUUCAGGGCUGUGAAGGAAGUGCCGCUUCCGUUCCGCGAAACGGACUCCGACUGAUGGAAACCUCGCGCGGUCGUCCUCCUGGAGCUGAACCACCGAAUCGAUUAGAGGGAUCGAUCCUUGACAGUUAGCAUAAUGCAUCGAGCCACCGUAUGAUCAAACGGCUAAGAGCCGAAGCAUCGAGGGCGGCGAUUAAUCUUGUGCCGCCGCUAAGUAACCGGCCGGAUUCGAUGGGGAAGCGGACCGUGAGACGCUUUCCCGAGUGCGAGAAGUGAGGAGGGGAGUCUUAGUCCUGGCAAUGUAUAGAUGAUUCUUAGCCUUUUGAAUUUGGGUCAGUAAUGGCCCAAGGUUCAUGUCGUUGUGAUGUAAAGCAUUGUUUCUUUCCAAGACUUCGCCGUUUUGAGGAUCCAAGCUUCUUAUUGAAAUCAAAUUGGCAACUUGCAAAGUCAAGAUCCUCACAUGCUUA